AUUCUUCAGCAGCAGCUGGAAUCAUUUCAGACAUUUCGUCAACAGACUCUGGAGAAUAUUAACACAGUAUGGUCUAAAAUUCAUGAGUUACUAAACAAAAAUCUGUUUGAAUGGAAAACUCCACUAUAUAGUUCAGAUAAGAUUCUGAUGACUUGCACACCGAGUGAUGCAUCUCUGGAAUGUUUAGUGAUUUUUACCUGCAGACAAGCUGGACCUUUAGUUUUGAGUGUGACAUGUUUUUUAGAAAAUAACGCAAGGGUAUACAGUGAAAAAGCAGCAUCUCCAAGCACAAAUAAAGAAUUUAGAAUCGAUUACAGUGAAGGUGACAGAUUCCAGGUUAAUUCUUUUUCUGAGAUGCUGAAAGGUAAGCUACUAACAGCUGAUAACAAAGAAAAACUAAAAAAAGAAAAAGAACAGCAACAGACUAUAAAUCAAACACUACUGAGGCCAGGAAGUCAGAAGUUCAGCGAAAUCAAAGCAGACUCUGAAUAUGAUGGCAAAAGUGACAUAUUGCCAAAGUCCCUGGAAAAUUCGGAGCAUUUGCAAAAAACAGUACGUGAUCUUCUGAAAGAAAAUUUAGCUCUCAAGAACAAAUUGGAGCCUCUUACUGUUACGAUACAGUCUUCGAAAGAUAUAAUAUCAAAAUGCAAUAUGCAAUUUAAGGAUUUAGCUGAAAAAAAGAAAAGUAUGCAAACUCAGUUGGCUAAAUCGCAAGAAGAUAACAAGGCGUAUAUUAAGGAACCAAAGAACUUCUACAGAAAAUUGGAAGAGAAGACUGCUGCAACUUCUGAAAGAGAGAGGCUCAAUGCAAUUCUAAAGCUCUUGCAAAAGGAAUGCUUCAAGCUAAAAGAAAAAAAUACAAAAUUUAAGGUAAAAAUAUCAUGGAUUAACAAAGAAAAAAAUUCCCUAGAGCAAGAGCUUGAAAGAAUUCAGAGAGAAAUGCAACAAAUAAAAGAAACCACCAAGAAAUCUGAACUGGAAACUCAUCUUCAGUUAACGCAAACACUGGAAACCAAAAAACUUAACCUUGAAAUCACUUUGCAGGAACGUUCGGAUAUUAAGCAGAUGCUCCAGAAGGACUCUGAGGAACUUCAGUCAGUAAAAGUUUAUACCGAAAAGAACCUUACGAUUGAACUCAAAGCAAAAGCCGAUACUAAUAUUUUAAAGUUUGACUUGUCCAGUGUAAACAAAGAAUGCAAGAGGUUGUCAGCAGCAGUAAAAAACAUCCCAGAGGAUAAUGAGUUACUUAAGAAAAAACUGCAGGAAUAUAGACAAGACAUUUCCAAAUCUGAAAGUGACAUUAGAAAACUGAUUGCAGAAUACUUCCUAUUAGAAAAUAACCUGUGGACCACUGAAAGUUAG